AUGGGUGAGUCGCAGGGUGCUCCCCGACUGGCAGAGGCUUCUACUCACAUGUUCUGCAGCAUCUACAAAGAGAUCGGGCCUGGUCAGCGCAUCGCCGUCAGCAAACUCGCCGCAGAACACUACAUCCAACACUCUCGUCCAUUCCGUCUGGCCAUCGACAUCAGCAUCUGGCUCUUCCAAAUCCAAUCCGGCAAGGGUGGCACCAAUCCUGCUCUGCGAACCUUCUACUAUCGCCUCUUGCGCCUACUCUCCCUGAAUAUCCACCCUCUCUUCGUCUUUGAUGGACCUAACAAGCCCACCUGGAAAAGAAACAAGAAGGUCGGCGGGCCCAACGUGAGAGUGUCCAGCGUGCCCGAGUUCCUGGCCAAGCAACUUCUCAAGCACUUUGGCUUCCCUCUCCAUUAUGCGCCAGGUGAAGCCGAGGCAGAGUGUGCUCUUCUCCAACGAGAAGGCAUUGUCGAUGCUGUCCUCAGUGAGGAUGUCGAUACUCUCAUGUUUGGAAGCGGCAUGACUCUACGAAGCUGGACACCGGAACAAAAGAGCAGCAAGACACCCACCCACGUGAAUGUAUACCGAGCCGACGCCACAAAAGAGACCAGUGGUCUAGACCGUAAUGGUAUGAUCCUUGUUGCCAUGAUGAGUGGAGGAGACUAUAUCACUGAGGGUAUUCCUGGAUGUGGUCCCAAGCUAGCCUGCGAGGCAGCAAGAGCCGGGUUUGGAGACGAACUGUGCACCCUGGACAAGAAAGAUACCGACGGUCUCAAUACUUGGAGAGACAAGCUACGCCAUGAAAUCAGAACCAACGAAAGCAAGCACUUCCGUCAGAAACGACCUGGACUGACCAUCCCGGACACUUUCCCUGAUCAGAAGGUCCUUAGCUAUUACACCCAUCCAUGCAUCUCAGCACCCGAAAAGAUCGCCAGGCUCAAGGAUACGCUCAAGUGGGAUAUGCCGCUCGACUAUCCGAGUCUUCGAGACUUUGCUGGUGAUGCCUUCGACUGGCGGUGCAUUGGUGGUGCCAANAAGUUCAUCCGCAAUCUGGCUCCUGCCGUACUUGUCCGGGAGCUCAGAAUGCGAGGGGAAGCAGCGGAGACCCACGGCGGUGGUCUUUCGGCACAGAAGGCCAGAGAAUCGUCUCUGGUCAACGCCAUUCAUGGCAAGCGCCUACACCCAACAACCGACAAUAUCCCUGAACUCAGAAUCAGCUUCAAGCCUAUCGAACUGAUUGAUAUCGAUCUCAGUACCGAAGAUCCUGACGAGGAAGUCCCCGAGGACGAGGAGGAUUCAGACUCGGAGCCGCUACCGACUGAAGAUGGCGAAUGUCCUGGAUCUCCAAAGAAAAAGCGAGGCCCCUCUACAUACGAUCCGACUGUGCAUGACAAGGUCUGGCUCCUCGACACCUUCGUGCGCCUUGGUGCGCCUCUCAAAGUUCAAGAUUGGGAGGCCGGUGUAGUCACAAAAUCGAAGCCUGCCCCACGACUCCGUAAAGCCGCCACGAACCAAGCAACGGCCGGCCGCAUACCUGCAGCCACGAAAAAGACUGGAGGCAUGCAAAGAGGCGCUCUGGAUCAAUUCACCAAAACCGCCAAACCUGGUGUGGAUCGUACAGCACAGUCUAAGUCCAAAUCUCCAGAGUGCGAUGAGCUGGACUUAUCGAGGAUUGAUGCUCUUGCAAAGCAGAGUGCAGGAGAAAAAGAACCUAUCGCGAAGGCAGCUCCCAAGAGCAAUUCAUUCAGAAUCCGAGCAGCGGUCACUGAACUCGAUGUGAGUGGCGGCACAUCAAGCAGGACCCCUUCAAUACCCGAAUUGGAUCUCAGUCUCGAAGCAAUUGUCCCUCAGAAACGGAACUCGAAGCGUUCUUCACCCGAACCAGCAUCUCCAUUCAGAAGAGCCAGGCCAAGGAUGGUUUCGCCAGCUCGAAAAGCCUCUGGAACUCCAGAGAUCGUUGACCUUCUUUCAUCAUCUCCUGUGAAGCCAGUCUCGCCGAAAGCAGCGCCCGUGCGCACAACCAGCAUCCAAGAUCAAUUCAAGCAGUUUGACAAAGCGCUUGCGGCCUCUCCUCGGAAUGACUUUGAUACCAUCGCUCCACUGCGCGAUACAGUGACUCGAAGGCGAAGACGAUCACCUCUGAAGAGGUUCCAGACUGCACCGACUACGGGAGCAGAUGAGAUGGAAUCGCCUUCUCUCCGACCUUCUACUCCUCGAGGUCCAGACCUCGAGGCUAUCGACUUGGCUUCACCAGAGUCUUUACCAAGUCUACCCAGGUUUGGCGCAGUCCAGAGGGUUUCGGACAAGACGCGUCAAGCGGUCGCGCAUUCAACCAUGCCUACGCCCAGUGCCAAACCAACCGUACGAACAAGCGCGUCCUCGAGUAGGGUUACUCCAGCUCCGCUGGACGAGGAAGUCGAAGUGCUCGAGCUACAGUCUUCCAUGCCCACCCCACCAUACGAGCCAGAACUGCCGAAGAAGACUCCAAAUAUUGAAAGACCUGUGAUAUCGGUGUCUGCUUUGCUUCCGAUCAACAAGCGCUUGCGGGACAGGAAAGUCGAAGCUACAGUCACAAAGGUCACAGCGACAGCAACAAACUCCUCUUCCGCGACUGGAUCAAGUACAGCAAAAGCUAGACAUGAUCACAGCACUGGAGAUAUGCAAUCAACUUCCACAAUCGAAAAUCAGCAGCUACUCCAGACACCGGCGAACAAAGUCAAAAAACGAUUCAUCCAACCCCGAGACAGUUUACCCGGCAAAUGGAAAGAUGUCGUCAUGGAGGUUGACUUGACUGAACCAACGCCGAGAGACCGACGAAUGUACAGAAAGAGUGGUGUAGAAGAGUUGGACUUGACAGGAGAUUGA